AUGAUCAUGGUUCCUUUGAAUCUGGACUUCUCGUCUUCCUUCGUCUUCGUCGUCUUCGUCGUCUUCGUCGUCUACUCCGUCUUCAUCGCCCACUUCGUCCACUUCCUCGACCUGGUCUGCUCGUCUGGCCGCAAGUUUCAAUGCGAGCAGCGACGGUCAGGCAGCAGCAGCUCGUCCCGUUUCAAUGGCAGCCAAUGA